AUGGGUGAUUGGGAAAAAAGGUUUCGUGUGGAGAGGACUAGGCAUUUCUUGUUGGAAGGGCUCAGCUAUUCAUGCAGAUAUGUAACUGUAGGUCUUUUAGAUGUCAUCCCACAGCGGCUCUACUGGCGUCCACCCUCAUACUGUGGUCGUGAUGACCUUGAAGCACUCAUGGCUUCUAAUUCUGCUGCUGACUGGUUGAGUCCAGCCCCUUUUUGUGACUCCUCUUUGACAUCGGUUUCAGACCCUAUUUCAAAUGAUGUGUCCAUGGAGGAUAAGGAUGGUAGCUCUCAUUCGUUGUUGCCAGCUUCGCCGUUUAAUAGGGGCAGUACUCCAAGGGCUGGUGAGAGUUUGCCUCCACGGGGUUCAGGUGGCUUGGAGCGGUCAACGUCUGGCAGAGAGAAUUUAGGGGUGGCUAGGCCAGCUCAAUUGGUGAAAAGGGAAUGGGAGAGAGGUGGUGAAAGCAAUGCGGAGGGGAUGGGUGAGAGGAAAUCUGAAGGGGAAGUUGUGGACGAUUUGUUUUCUGCUUACAUGAAUUUGGAUAACAUUGAUGCUUUAAAGCACUCGGGAACUGAUGAGAAGAAUGGUAAUGAGAAUCGUGAGGAUUUGGGUAGCAGAGGUAGUGGAACUAAGACGAAUGGUGGUGAUAGCAGUGAUAAUGAGGCAGAAAGCAGUGUGAAUGAAAGUGGUGGUAGCCUGCGAAGAGGAGGAUUGAGUUCUUCCACAGAGAAGAGAGAGGGGAUGAAAAGGAGUGCUGGGGAUGAUAUUGCUCCUACCUCCAGACACUACAGAAGCGUGUCAAUGGAUAGUUUAAUGGGCAAAUUGAACUUCGGUGACGAGUCUCCAAAGCUGCCACCUUCGCCAGGAACUCGUCCAGGACAACUAUCACCCACCAAUUCAGUAGAUGGGAAUGCCUUUAGCUUGGAGUUUGGGAAUGGUGAAUUUAGUGGUGCUGAACUGAAGAAAAUUAUGGCAAAUGAGAAACUUGCUGAGAUUGCUUUAAGUGACCCUAAACAUGCAAAGAGGAUCUUCGCGAAUCGUCAAUCAGCUGCUCGUUCCAAGGAGAGGAAGAUGAGAUAUAUUUCAGAAUUGGAACCCAAGGUUCAGACUUUGCAGACAGAAGCUACCACUUUGUCUGCUCAGCUUACUCUUUUACAGAGAGAUUCUGUUGGUCUUACAAACCAGAAUAAUGAGUUGAAGUUUCGCCUCCAAGCCAUGGAGCAACAAGCACAACUCCGAGAUGGUGUGCAGAGUCACGCCCCAUGCAGACACAGAUGCAUGUGUGCAUAUCAGCAGUCACCUGCUCUGCUUUAUGUAGAUGAGUAUUUCUCUCUAAACGAAGCAUUAACUGCUGAGGUCCGACGGUUGAAGAUUGCUAGAGCAGAGCGGGGUGGGGAAUCUGACCCUUCAAAGGGCAUGGUUCAGCAGCAGCUUUCCAUCAAUCCUCAGAUGUUCCUGCAGCAGCCACGACCUUCUCAACUUAACAUUCAUCAAUUGCAGCAGCAGCAGCAACCAUCAGGCUCCCAAAUCAACAUGCAUCAGUUACAACAGCAGCAGCAGCAGUCCUCCCAGCCACAGCCUCAACAAAAUGGCAAUACUACCUCAAAGCCAAAUUAA